AUGGCCGUCCUGUCGCUCCCGCUCACUUUCUCCAACUCGUUCUGGACUGAGGACUACCGGAAAGGGCUGGAAGUCUUGUAUGGCCAACUGGAACAGGACAGUGGUCGUGACCUCUUUCACCCAGGGAAUGCAGAGAACGCUGAGGCCGCGCAGUUCGUCCGGGCGCGUGCCGCAGCCGAGCUCGCGAUCGGUGCGACGCUCAAGGCGGAGUCUCCCGCUAACUCGACUUUCGAAAAAGAUGAUGGGGCAUCACUGCACAUGGCCAUGAAAGGCCUGCGCGAGGCCACGAUCGCUCAGGGCCUCCUACACGAAACCGUGGCGAAAGAGCUGAUCGUCGACGUCGCGGAACCCUUUGAGAAGUGGGCGGAGAAUCACAAGAAUCGUCUCUUAGACAGCAAGGCCAACACUCUCGAGGGUUGGGUGUACUCAUACGAGCAUGAUUCGGCCGAGGUUACCAGGCUCAAGAAUGACUACCUGACCAAGACCCGCAAGGCAGACGAGGCAGACGACGAUGCUCGCUUUGCGCCCAUCACGCACCCUGUCGGGGAUCAGUACACAUCGCCAAAGAUAAAACCCCUGAAUGCGAGCACGGAAGCGAGGCGUCCCCCACAACGCCAGGCAACUAUGUCUGAGCGCAUCACGGCGCGCCUCAAGGAGUUCAGGCUGAAUGCAGGUGCUGCACCGCCCCCCCUCCCCACAAAGCCGGAGGUGCACUUCGACGCUGAUGAGGAAGAGAAAGUAACUCCUAAGGCAGACAAAGGCAAGGGUCGCGCGUCCGACGUCGGUUCUGGCGGCAGCACGCCCAAGCGCAUGAUGUCGCCCCCGCCGUUGGAUCCACCGAUGCCUCCGGCCAGGAUCAACCCACCUAGGCUCACGACAGAUCCAGUGCCGCCGCCUCCGCCGCCUCCCAUGGAUGUUGCAGGCGUCAUGAUGAGUCCUACCGAGGUUACAACCAUGCUCAAGAAGGCGAAGGAGAGCCUUGAUCUUCGCCCUAUUCGCUUCCCUCUACUGGGCGAGUAUCAGGACGCUUUCUCCGGAGAGGAGUUCGCCACUUGGCUCAAGGAGAACGUGAAGGAAUUCAACGGGAACCUCGAUCAUGCGGAGGUCGCCGGUCGUAUUCUCACUGAGAAGUUCAACUUACUCCGCCGCAUUGGCGACCUUGGCAAUGACUUUGAGAACGCGGACGACGCGUUCUACCAGUUCCGCGCCCGUGCCUUCAACCUCGAUGUACCCGCACCGACUCCUGGCAAGGGCCUGACGACUGCGGCAGCCGUCCUCACUCCUAUCGAGCAGCGACUCUCCCCUCUGGCUCAGAAUGUCGCAGGUCGGACCGGAGGCUUGGCCAGUCUCGUUUCCAAAGCAUUUAACGCGAACGGGGAGCCCGCACAUGUCCGUGCCCGCCGCGAGGCAGAGACUGCUGAUCAAGAUUACCGGACGGCUGUACGCAAGCUCGACAAGCGACGACUGGGGCUCGAGGAACGCAUCGAGGAGACCCUGAAGCUACUUCAGAAGUGGGAGCUCGAGCGGCUUCGUGCGAUCAAGACGGUGCUCGCGCAGUAUCACACGGAAUUGGGCAAGCUGUCGACGAGUUACAGCAGUUCGACUGUGCACGUCGAGACGUUGAUGACAUCGUUCCAGCCUGAGAGCGACAUCAAGGUGCUCAUCGAGCGCUCCCGCACCGGUCCGUUCCGCCCUGUUGCCCAGGUUUACGAGUCGAUCGCCCACGAUGAGUCCGACGUCGUGUUUGGCAUCGACCUGCGCAAGUGGGCCGACAGUGCGUACUGGAACGUCACUGCUCCCGGGGAGAAGAAGGAGGAGGUGCCCCCGAUGCUCUCCGCGCUCCUCGCCGCGCUCGUCGAAGCAUACCCGAAGCUCCCCUCUGACGCGGAGAAGCGCAAGACUUGGGUUUACGAGGUCCCUCUUCCGGCUGUGCAUCAUCUCCGCGAGACGCUCAGCGCCGUACCGCCCGAGGAGGACAUCCCGCAUGACAUGCUGGAGAAGUACGAUGCGCCGGUGCUUGCCAGUGGCGUCAGGCUCUGGGCGCUCGAGCUGGACCCGCCCCUGUGCAUGUAUGAGGGCUGGGACGAGUUCCGGAAGCUGUAUCCCACCGUCGGAAGCAGUGCGAAUCCUGUACUCAAGCCCACUACUGAGCAACAUAUCCUGGACGUACAGGCGGCUCUACAGAAGCUGCCGAAGGUGCACUUAUGUCUCAUCAAGUCCACGAAGGAGUCUGAGACCGAGAAUAAUGAGGUCUACAUUGCGAAGCUGGCGCUCAGCCUUGGACGUUCCAUUCUCAGGCCGAAGACCGAGAACCAUUUGUCUCUUCAGGACCGUCAUCCCACUCUGCUGUUCAUUGACCUUCUCGGCAAGUAUGACGAGAUUCUUCCUCCUGCUAUCAUCAAAAAGAAGCGGGAGUCGGAGCGGAAAGUUCCCGUGCGGCGUCGCACUCGUCCCGUGGACAUGCGCAUGUCACGUUCCCGCAUUUCCGCCGGCAUGGAUCUGAAGGAGCUCCAGGCCCAGCAAUUGGCGCAGCGAGGUAUCAAGGUUGGCAGCAAGUCGCCUCCCCCGGUUCCCGCCAUUCCCGGCGGUUUCGCUGCCGCGACUACGGCCGUCAACGGCAGUCGCGGCGCCGUACUUCCUCAGGUUCCUGAAAGCCCCCGUCAGUUCACUGACGAGCCGCAAGGCAUGGUCCACGACGAGCCUGCAUCGUUCUCAGAGGAGCCCGAAGAACUGCCUACCAUCAUCCACCCUCCUCCUCCCCUCCCUGGCGACAUCGCUUUGAACGACAGCCGCACGGUCGACUUCAGCACCAUCCCUCCCCCUCCCCCUCUCCCAGCCAACAUCCCUCCGCCCCCGGCCAUUACGCCCCCUCCCCCUGCGCACCCGGUUUUUAAGGAACCUCCGCCCGAAACGGACGGCCUUCCGCCCCGCCCGCAGUUCAAGGAGCCCCCGCCCGAGCCCGCGACCCCCACGCGCCCCGCGCACUUCGCCGAGCCCUCGUUCGACGACGUCGAGCGCCCCUACCCGGCCGCGCCGAAGCCUGUGCCCGCGGGCUUCCGGCGCUCCGCGUCGCCGAGCGUCGUCACCACGCCGUCGGACUCGCGCAGCCCGUCGCCCUCGAAGAGCGUGACGCCGACGUCGACGAGCACGCCGCCCCUGCGCGGGCCCCGCAUCUCGCGCGGCCCACGCCCCGCGAGCUCGCUCAACCGCCAGUCGCUCGUCGGACGCCCGGCGAGCCCUGGGGCGCUGCCCGAGGGCAUGGGCAACGGCGCGAGCGGGCUCAAGCGGCAAGGGUCGCGCACGAUGACGAAGCGGAGCAGCAUCAGCCGCGUGUCGGAGCUGUCGCGCCGCACGAUGGCGAGCGACGCCGAGGACGAGAUCGUUCAGUGA